UGCACGCGCGGGCGCCCUGGACCGGGUACUCCGGGCGCGAGUACGACCACAAUGGCGGCCACCACCCUGCUGCGCGCGACGCCCCUCUUGAGCGGUCUCGGCACCGGCCCGACCCCGCUGUUGCAGGGUCUAUUGCGGCCGCUGAAGGCCCCGGCACUGCCCCGCUUGUGCCGCGGCCUGGCCGUGGAGGCCAAGAAGACCUACGUGCGCGACAAGCCCCAUGUGAACGUGGGCACCAUCGGCCAUGUGGACCACGGCAAGACCACACUGACCGCGGCCAUCACGAAAAUUUUAGCCGAGGGAGGUGGAGCCAAGUUUAAGAAAUAUGAAGAGAUUGAUAAUGCCCCUGAAGAGCGAGCCCGUGGAAUCACAAUCAAUGCAGCUCACGUGGAGUAUAGCACUGCCGCCCGCCACUAUGCCCACACCGACUGCCCAGGUCACGCAGAUUAUGUAAAGAAUAUGAUCACAGGCACCGCCCCCCUCGACGGCUGCAUCCUGGUGGUGGCGGCCAAUGACGGCCCUAUGCCCCAGACCCGAGAGCAUUUAUUGCUGGCCAGACAGAUUGGAGUAGAGCACGUUGUGGUGUAUAUAAACAAAGCAGAUGCCGUCCAGGACUCUGAGAUGGUGGAGCUGGUUGAGCUGGAGAUCCGGGAGCUGCUCACUGAGUUUGGCUACAAAGGGGAGGAGACCCCGGUCAUCGUAGGCUCUGCCCUCUGUGCCCUUGAGCAACGUGACCCUGAGCUAGGCCUGAAGUCUGUGCAGAAGCUGCUGGAUGCUGUGGACACUUACAUCCCAGUGCCCACCCGGGACCUAGAGAAGCCUUUCCUGCUGCCUGUAGAGUCCAUUUACUCUAUUCCUGGCCGGGGCACCGUGGUGACAGGUACACUAGAGCGUGGCAUUCUGAAGAAGGGAGACGAGUGUGAGUUCCUGGGACAUAGCAAGAACAUUCGGACCGUGGUGACAGGCAUUGAGAUGUUCCACAAGAGCCUGGAGAGAGCAGAGGCAGGCGACAACCUUGGGGCCCUGGUCCGAGGCUUGAAGCGGGAGGACCUGAGGCGUGGCUUGGUCAUGGCCAAGCCAGGGACCAUCCAACCCCACCAGAAGGUGGAGGCACAGGUUUACAUCCUCAGCAAGGAGGAGGGUGGCCGCCACAAGCCUUUUGUGUCUCACUUUAUGCCUGUCAUGUUCUCUCUGACUUGGGACAUGGCCUGUCGUGUCAUCUUGCCACCAGGGAAGGAGCUUGCCAUGCCCGGGGAGGACCUGAAGCUCAGCCUAAUCUUGCGGCAGCCCAUGAUCUUAGAAAAAGGCCAGCGUUUCACCCUGCGAGACGGCAACCGGACCAUCGGCACUGGCCUCGUCACGGAGACGUCGGCCCUGACUGAGGAAGACAAGAACAUCAAAUGGAGUUGAGUCUGGACUCUGCUUGGGCUCUCUUGAGUUUGAGGCUGCACUGGCCAGCGUUCUCUCCUGCUUCGAUGCCCCCUUCCCAGGGCAUGGGCUGCUGCCUAGCAGUGCAGCUAGACGGACACUUCUCCUGGUCAGGAGGGGCCCAUGGCCUGCCAGGUGAGGUAGGUCAAU